CACACAAAAACACAACCGUACAGAUAUGGCGCUAACUUCACUCUCAUCAUCAUUCCCAAUUAUCAAAACACACAAUUUCUCAAUUUCACAUUCAUCUCCUCCAUCAAAAUCAUUUAUAAUUUGUCAAUCAAAUCCACACAAAAACUUCAAUUCCAGUAAUAAAGAUAGUGAUAGAAAUGAUUUGAAAACUGUAGAGCAUAAGAAAUGGAAAGCUAUGGUUUCAAGUGCAUUAGCAGCUGCCGUGAUUACAUUCACUUCUUUUGAUAAUACUAGUAUGUAUGCAUUAGCCGAUCUUAAUAAGUACGAAGCCGAUGUUCGCGGCGAAUUCGGUAUCGGUUCCGCUGCUCAAUUCGGCUCUGCUGACCUCAGGAAGGCGGUUCAUGUGAACGAAAAUUUCAGGAGAGCAAAUUUUACAUCGGCUGAUAUGAGAGAAUCAGAUUUCAGUGGUUCAACAUUCAACGGUGCAUAUCUUGAAAAAGCAGUAGCAUACAAAGCAAAUUUCACAGGGGCAGAUUUCAGUGAUACACUAAUGGAUCGUAUGGUCUUAAAUGAAUCUAAUCUCACAAAUGCCAUCCUAGUAAGAACCGUUCUAACCCGCAGCGAUCUUGGACGUGCUAUUAUUGAAGGCGCUGAUUUUAGUGAUGCUGUUUUGGACCUUUCCCAAAAACAGGCACUUUGCAAGUAUGCAAGUGGAACAAACCCUACAACAGGAGUUAGCACGAGGACAAGUUUAGGGUGUGGAAACAGCAGACGUAACGCCUACGGUAGUCCAUCUUCUCCAUUGUUAAGCGCCCCACCACAGAAACUUCUAGACCGCGACGGAUUCUGUGAUGAUGGCACAGGACUAUGCGACGCAAAGUAAUUAUAUACCCCAACAAAACGAACAUGUAUCCAAGAACAUUAUUAUUCAUACUCAGAUUAAAACAUGUGGAUUAGGAAAAAUAUUAUUCACAUGAGAUUAAACAUUAAACUACAAAAGUAUUGUAUCAUAAAUAUUACAAUACAUCUCGAAUGGGUUUUUCAGAGCGAAAACCCAGCAGCCUGAUUUGAUUUUUCUGGUGUUGAAAUUGACAAUCUGAAUGAUGAUUAUUUAUGAGGAUAUAGUUAUUGUUAUUUCUGUCAA